AUGACCCCCGACAGGAUCACUCUCCAGAAUAUGGAAAAAAAGUCAAAUGAAAGUUUCAGACAGUAUGCACAAAGGUGGAGAGAGGUGGCCAUACAAGUUCAGCCGCUACUUCUAGAAAAAGAGACAACAAUGCUCUUUAUUAACACCUUGAAAGCCCCUUUUAUCACUCAUAUGUUGGGAAGCGCCACCAAGAGCUUCUCUGACAUAGUGAUGAUGGGAGAAAUGAUCGAAAAUACUGUAAGGAGCGGCAAGAUAGAAUUGGGAGAGAGUGCUAAAAAGUCAGUCCCGAGGAAAAGGGAUAAUGAAGAGAACAACACGAGCACAUUCAAAAAGGCGGUCAAAUUAUUGACCGGAGUUGUACCAGAACCUGUUCAACGCUCAUUUGGUAUCCCCUUUCUACCUGAGCCACUGCAGCCCCCGUAUCCUAAAUGGUAUGACACAAACGCCCAAUGUGAAUACCACGCGAGAAUUACCGGGCAUUCAAUCGAAAAUUACACUGCAUUCAAGAAAGUGGUCGAAAGACUCAUUAAGGUAGGAAUCGUGAGAUUUGAUGACUCAGCCAUGCCCAAUGUAGCAGGAAACCCACUCCCCAAUCACAACUACCAAGGAGUGAACGGGAUAAGCGAAGGCAAAAACAAGAAGAUUAAGUGUGAGGUUGCGAAAGUCAGGACUCCAUUGAGACAAGUAUGGAGGGAAAUGGUCAUGAGAGGUUUGAUCGCGUUGGAUUUAGGAAGAGAAUCCAAAGAAGAGAGGAACUACUGCGAGUUCCACAAUGAGGUGGGGCAUGAAAUCCAAGAGUGUGUGGAGUUCAGGGCCCUAGUGCAGAACAUGAUGAACAAUAAGGAAAUAGAAUUCUAUGAAGAGACUAAAAACCCCGUAGAGGGAGACAUAUGUGCGUUGGAGGGAGAGUCGACGAGACCUGCAGUCUUCCCUUACAAAGAUAGCAAAAGGGUCUCAUGGAAUUAUGAUUGUAAUGUGACAAUUCCGGGGAAGGAAAGCCUGGUCGACACUUUAAAAGAGGACCAAGAUAGGGGCUCCUAUACACGUAGCGAGAGACGUUACGAUACAGCGAGUGAGAAGGCACAGUCCGUAAAAGGAAAAGCCCUAGUGGUCGAAGGGGUGAAGGAAAAAGCGACCAAAUCUGAACUUCCUGUCAAUGAUCUAGUUAACGAAGAAGAGGCUAAGGAUUUUUUAAAAUUCCUAAAGCAUAGUGAAUACAACGUGGUGGAACAGCUACGUAAACAACCAGCUCGUAUCUCAGUGCUGGCCUUACUUCUAAGCUCGGAAGUUCAUCGCAGCGCGCUAAUGAAGGUCUUGAAUGAAACGUAUUUUGCCAAUGAUAUCUCCGUUAACAAACUGGACUGA